AUGUAUAAACAAAGAGCAUGGCCAGCGGAAGGGGCGGGCGACUGCCCGGAGCGCUGGAGGCGCCUUGUAUAUUCACAAGACAGGUUAAUUAUUCGUGAAGAAACAUGUCAUACAUGCACACCAAAAUGGAGUAUUCGUUGUUUAUCAUCAUGUUCAAUGUGGCAUUCCGAUGGUACAUUUGAUAUUCGUCCAUUAUUAUCUGCUGGUAGAGCUGUUAAAACAACGCCAAUUAUAAAAUGA